AUUUGCAUAUUUCGUUGCUGCUUGCGUUCAUAACAUAAAAAGUCGUGCAUUUCGUCAACAUAAUAACACAUUAUUACAAGCGAAAGUCGAACGAAUAACUAUUACAUACAUUUAUACAUGCUGCAUACAUACUUCUAUGCAAUAAAAAAUUGUCAAAAUACAUUUUAUGUACUUUUUGUAAUGUGGCUAAUUUGUUAUUGGUGUUAAUAGCUUUUGCGUUUCAGGCUGUAUUGCACUAAUCAUUUGAAAGAUUGUUUUACUGUAAUAUUUCUUAAAUAUUGAAAUAUUAAAAAAUAUUAAUUUCAUAAUAUGUAAUGUAAUUAAUUAUUGACAAAAAAGAAAAAAAAAACAAAUGUUACAUCUAUAAAGUACACCAAUCAAUGAACGGUAUAAACUCCGUGAACGUUGUUUGAUACUUUCCAGGAUAUAAAUUGUAUCACACCCUAACAUAAUUUUAUAACAUAAGAUAACAACACAGCAAUUACAUCAAGCAAAUCAAAUUCCUUCCCAAACAACCUGAACUUUAACUAAAUUAAGCUACGUAAAAUCCGAAAUUAUGAUGUUAAAAUUUUUUAUUUAAUUAUUUUACUUUUGUGACAGAAAUCAUAGAUAAAAUCAGAAGAAAUAUAUUUUCUUGCACUUUUUAACUUAUCAAAAGCAUUUUAUACCUUUUAUUUUAUUAAUGAACACAUGUAUCACGUAUACGAAAAAUAUUUGACUUUAUUGUUUGAUAACAAAAAAAAAAAUUCGAAAACAAGAAUUAUGUUAGAAGAACGACUAAUCAAGGAAAUUCAACAAAAUGAAUGUCUGUGGAAUAAAUACAAUCCGGAUUAUAAAAAUAAACGCAAGAAGGACAUCUGCUGGACUAGUGUAUCUAAUAAUGUUGGCGAAACUGUGGAGGUGUGUCGCAAACGGUGGAAGUCGUUAAGAGAUCGUUUUAUCAUUGAAUUAAGUGCACGCACCAGAGCCUGUGGCAAUGGCAAUUCGAAGAAGGAUUGGUUAUUUUUUGAGCAAUUAUUCUUUCUCACCACAAGCAUGACACCGAAAGGCUCGCAAUCAGCGCCUCUACUCAACACUAUGCAACAGUCUCAGCAGGCGAAAUCGCACAAUUCCGUCGAUAAAAAAGAUAAGCAAGUUGAUGCUACAAAAUUCACGGUAGCAUUGGGUCCACCAGAUGCUGAACGUUAUGCCAAUUUAGAUGAAACAUUUCGUACACUUGUUGAAAAUUAUUUGAAUUUCGUAAAUACAUACAAGCAAACCGCCGAUCCAUUUCUCGCUGUUAUACAAGAGUUCUUCGAGAAAGUGCCACAACACCGUCGUACAGCUUUCAAAAUGGAAAUUCUUAAUUAUACUUACAAAAUGUAUGCCGAGUUGAAGGAUUAAAUAAUAAAAAUGCAUGAUUUUUUUUUUGCAAAUUUACAACGAAA